AUGAUGCAGUCCGUGCAGAUGCUGCACACUUUCAUCACCGAGAUGGAGGGCGCGUACUUCGGCUACAUCGAGGCCACGGCGAAAUGCCUGCUGCCCCACCUCGAGCCCAGCAACGACGACAUCUCCGCCCUGUGCGAGGAGGUCAGGGGGACCGCGCUGCAGUGCUGGGGCCUCCUCAUCAAGUCGGCCCGCAAGAGCGCGGAGGAGCAGGGGCAGCCGAGCUCCCCCCUGGCCGCGGAGCUGCUCCGCAAGGGCCUGCAGGCGACGUUCCAGGUGCUGGAGCAGAAUCAACAGGACUGCGAGAUGCUGACGUCGACCGCCUGCGGCAUCACGGAGUGCGUAAAAUGCUCUGGCCCAGGCGUGCUCACGGGGGACGAGGUCAAGACGUUGGUGGAGAGGGUAUUCGUGCUCAUCGACUCGUCAUUCUCGCGCACCGCGGAGUACCAGAAGACCAAAGCGGGCGCCAAGGCGGCGGAAGCCAAUCUGCCCAAGGAGCUCGGCGACGAGGAGGACGAGGACGAGCCAGAUCCCGACGCCGAAGAGGAGCAACUGAGGCGAAACUAUGAGGAGAUCCUGGGCGCGGUGAUGGAGGUAGCCGCUGCUGAGUUCAUGCCGUGCUUGCCCGCGUGUGCGGAGAAGAUACGCCAGUGGGUCGCCAGCGACGAUAACAAGGUCCUCGGCUUGUACCUUGCGUGCGACGCCAUUCAGCACCUCAAGGAACACUCCGUGCAGAUAUGGCCUGUUUUCAUGGACGAGGCCUUUCGAGUGUUGCGGGUGGGCAAGGAUCGGGACCACGACGCCAUGACAGCCUCCGCCUAUGCCAUCAACCUGGCGGCACCGCUGGCGAGCUUCGCGCAGGCGGCGCCGGAGGCUUUCAGAGGGCUCGCCUCCAUCGUGGGCGGCGCCAAGCCCAAGAAGAAGGACGACACAAAGCUGAAGAUGGUGCACGACAACGCGGUGGCUGCGCUGCUGACGCUCGCCGUGGAGAAGGCCGCCGCGUGUCCCCCCGAGGUGCAGGCCUGGAGGCUGAUAGUCGACAAGCUUCCCCUGAGAGAAGACGAGGACGAGGCCGUGAAGGUCCACGAGAAGGUCGUGGACCUCGUCCUCGCCCAGCACCAGGGGCUGCUGGACCAGAGGACGGGGCCAGUGCUGGCCGUCCUCGCGGAGAUCUAUCGGGGGAGCCGGGCAGACAGCGUCCGCCCCGCAUCGGGUCAGUCAAAGCGCCGGACGGAGCAGGAUCCUGCAGAGCCAGGGGUGCACUGA